AUGAAAACACUCAUUCUUUUACUCCUGGUGUUCCUGGAUCUGGGACAGGCCCAAGGUCCAUUUCACAGGGUGCCCCUUAGGCGACACCAGUCCCUCCGGAAGAAGCUGCGAGCACGGGGCCAGCUCGCUGAGUUCUGGAAAUCCCAGAAUUUGGACAUGAUCCAGUUUACCGAGACCUGCACGAGGGACCAGAAUGCCAACGAGCCCCUCAUCAACUACCUGGAUAUGGAAUACUUUGGCACCAUCUCCAUCGGCUCUCCACCACAGAACUUCACCGUCAUCUUCGACACAGGCUCCUCCAAUCUCUGGGUGCCCUCUGUGUACUGUACCAGCAGGGCCUGUGAAACUCACCCCAGGUUCCACCCUUCCCAGUCCAGCACAUACAGCGAGCUGGGACGUCCUUUCUCCAUUCAGUAUGGCACAGGGAGCCUGACUGGAAUCAUCGGAGCCGAUCAAGUCUCUGUGGAAGGACUGACAGUGGUCAAUCAGCAGUUUGGAGAGAGCAUCAAGGAGCCAGGCCAGACUUUCGUGGAUGCAGAGUUUGAUGGAAUUCUCGGUCUGGGAUACCCCUCCUUGGCUGUUGGAGAAGUGACCCCAGUGUUUGACAAUAUGAUGGCCCAGAACCUGGUGGAUAUACCAGUGUUUUCUGUCUAUAUGAGCAGUGACCCAGCAGGGGGCGCAGGAAGUGAGCUCAUUUUCGGAGGCUAUGAUCACUCCCAUUUCUCUGGGAGCUUGAAUUGGGUUCCAGUCACCAAGCAAGCUUACUGGCAGAUUGCAUUGGACAACAUCCAGGUAGGAGGAAGUGUGAUGUUCUGCUCUGAGGGCUGCCAGGCCAUUGUGGACACAGGGACCUCCCUCAUUACAGGCCCCUCGAACCACAUCAAGCAGCUGCAAAAAGCCAUCGGGGCACAGCCUGUGGAUGGAGAGUAUGCUGUGGAGUGUGCCAACCUCAAUGUCAUGCCAGAUGUCACCUUCACCAUCAACGGUGUCCCCUACACCCUCAGUCCUACUGCCUACACCUUGCUGGACUUAGUGGACGGAAUGGACUUCUGCAGCAGUGGCUUUCAAGGUCUGGACAUCCAGCCUCCAGAUGGGCCUCUCUGGAUCUUGGGUGAUGUCUUCAUUAGAAAAUUCUACUCAGUCUUUGAUCGUGGAAAUAACCAAGUGGGACUGGCCCCAGCAGCCCCCUAAGGAGGGGCCUUGUGUCUGUGCUUGCCUGCCUGGAAUUUCCUGGAAUUCUAACCCAGUCUGUUAGGUUAGGACACCCAUCACAGCAGUCAAAAGU